AUUAAAUGUACUUAAUAAUGUCAUAACAUGUACGUACGUCAUUUAAUAUAACCUAGAGGAAGUGAAAAAUUGCCCUUAAAAUCUACAACACUGAACAUCUGUUUUGCAAAAAAAAACAAAACAUUUCUAUAUUUUCUUCAUUUAGCCCCUUCUUUUCACUGUAUUUUCUUAAUCCAUCUAAAAUAUUACCUACACCAACAUCGCUACGAUAAAUUUCCAACCCCUUCGGCUAUAUUUUUAGUGUUGUUUUUCAAAAUUUACUUAUCAUUCUUUAUCUUUAAGAGGCUUUGAACAAAGUAAAGAUUAUACUUUGUAAAGAGAGUUUAUAAGACUUAAUACAAUAGAGAGUGUAUUAAACAUAUCUUCAAGAUUAAAUUGCAAGUCGAAAUAAUGUCUACCAGCAAUACGGACACAGGUGACACCACAAUCAUAGCGUCCACUACAGAAAUACAAAAUGGGCAACCAGACAAAUUCGGGAUAGUGGCCCCCCGCGAAGCACUUAUAACAACUGCGGUGAACUUUCUACAAAAUGCUAAAGUACGACACACAACACUUAUGCAAAAACGACAGUUUCUGCAAUCCAAAGGUUUAACCAACGAUGAAAUAGAGGUCGCAUGCCAACGGGCUGGUAUUUUUACAGACGACCCCAACAUGCCUACUUUGAUUAACAUAAGUAACAGCGGUCUGGAACAUCCGCAAUUAGUAUUGCAGCCACGCCAAAAUGCUUACGGACGCAUCAAAGAGGUUUUGCAUAAUUUAGCACUUAUUAGUGGUGUUGCAUAUGCAAUUUAUCUAUUUUGGAAGAAAUAUGUAGAACCAUUUCUUUUUGGAAAGAAAAAGAAGAAACCUGUUGAGGAGGCGCUUGAAGAUAUCGAUAAAAAGGUCGAUACGCGGUUGGAUGCUGUAAAUGCAGAACUUGCCAAUAUCAAAGUACAGUUGCAAGAACAACAGCGUGAGCAACGUCAGAAUCUCAACCAAGAAUUCAAUGUAUUUCGAAGUGAUUUAGAUGCCAUAAAAGGAUUGCUACUUAAUCGUAAACAGUUUGCUACGCCCAUCACUGCCGGUCCUCCCUCAAUACCUGCUUGGCAGCUGGCAGCCACUUCACAUCAUCAUCACGCUCGACUCUCACAGUUAGAUGAUAAUGAGAAGGUAGAUGAUGCUGGCUCUGGUUCGGGUUCAUCCGAAACAGAAGUGGUUACCAAAAAUAGUGAUUCCAGUUUGGAAAUGAUGUAGAAGUCUGCAUUCUUCUAUACAUUUUGCUGCAGCUGUUUGUUGAGAAAUGCUCAUCAGUAAUGCAAAAGCAAAAAAACUGAAGCAGAUUAGUUUAAGUAAAAAGCUGAUAAUUAAUGUAUUUAAGUUUAACUGCGUUAACUAUCAUAUAUACCAAAAGCCAUGAACGUAUAUGUAUUUAUGUCAUUAUAUUGCACUGCUGGUAGCAUAAAAGCAAUAUUUUUGUUAUUUUUGUGUCCACAGUUAUAAAUAUGUUUAUCUCUGCUUUUUAUGGUACUAAUGCUGGUUAAUUAACAGAUACAUACAUAUUUAGUUGAUUAAACGCUUUUGUUUACGAAUAUAUAUAUAUUUUUUUUUGUAUGCAAAGCGUGUUUGUAAAAACAAAAUAAGAAAGCUUUAUUGCUUAUGAUAAGAAAUAUUGUAAUACAUAUAGGAUGAAACAAAUUCUAACAAGAUAAAAAUGCUUUCUAUUUUAAAUUCACAAAAAUUCGGUUAAAAACUUGCUCACUCUUUGUUUACUUUGUAACCAAGCAUUCAUUGAAAUUAGCUACUAAGUGGAUGAAAAAAUAGUCAAAUAGCUUGUAUUGGCACGUAAUAAGUAUUUAGGUAUUAGGCGUAUGUUUGACUUAUGGGUUUAAGUUGGCUUAUGCUUGCAAAAUAGCUAAUAAAUAUUAAUGGAUAAAUAAAGUGAAUAAAAAAUUAUUUAUUUAUUUAAA